AUGCCUUACAGGACUGCCCGAGAUAAGCGCAAUCUGUCCAGGUUAAAUCUAGCUGGGGACAAAGCGAACGGUAUACAUCGAUCAUUAUCCUCGGUAGAAGAAGAGUUUAUCUACGCUGCUGAGUUUGGAGAUAUUCCGUCUGUCAAGAGGAUUCUAGAGGAGAACCUUACCUUUAAUGUAGACUACAGUGACAUCAUAGGAAGGACACCUUUGCGUCUGGCUGUAGGCAAUGAACAUCUGGAGGUCGUCGAGCUACUUUUGGAUCGGUCAAAUCUGGCUAACAUCCACGAAGCACUUCUGCAAGCCAUCAGCGCUGGCCACGAACAGAUCGCAGAGACCAUUCUUAAGCAUCCGAAGUACAGAGAUGUUAAAAGGGAUAACAAGCGCUUUGGUGAAACAGAUUAUUUUUUUAACACUACCAAUGAGGAUUCACCAUUUUCUGCUGACAUAACACCAUUGAUACUUGCAGCGGAAAGAAAUCAGUUCGAAAUCAUACAGUUGCUUUUACUCCGCGGAGAGAACAUAAAUAAGCCUCAUCAUUAUUACUGCAAUUGCCAAGAGUGCAGUAACAAACUUCAAUUUGAUCAAUGGCGACUAGCAAAAACGAGGCUCAAUGCCUACCGGGGUCUAGCAAGCAGUGCAUAUAUUUCACUUUCCAGUAAAGACCCCAUCUUGACAGCAUUUGAAUUAGCAAGGGAACUCAGAGGUGUUGCCAAAGUGGAAAAGUAUUACAAAAUCUUAUCAGAGAACGUCACACUACUUAAUUGGAUGGACCAAUGUAUACAUGGGGGAUCGGAUGUCGUCAAUCAAGCAAAUGACGUUUGCUCUUCCGGGUCACGUGGUCUUAUUCUCAUUGUGCUUAUUCAGGGGUUCUUUUUUAAAAGGUAUACUUUAUUGUUCGUUUGGACAGGUAUGUUAUGGCAGGAGGUGAAGCAGGUGUACAGUGCAGGCAUUUACGAUUACUUUGACUCCCUCUACAACUACUUGGACGUAGCUGUGCUUACGCUGUACAUUACCUCAUUUACCCUACGAUACAUCACAAUAAUGAAGGUCAAUAUUGCUCUAACCUUCUUCAGUAACUCAGCCUCGUGGGUAAAACUGGCAGAAGAGUCCCAUAUGGCGAAAUCACAGAUGUAUUGGCUUAUAGCAGAUCGGUCUUACUGGAGUGCAUGGGAUCCACAUAAUGUGGCUGAAGGUCUGUUUGCUCUCGCUAACGUAAUCAGUUUUACGAGAGUGUCCUAUGUCCUUCCCGCCAAUGAGCUGUUUGGACCAAUGCAGAUUUCUCUGGCAAAGAUGAUUUCUGAUAUUCUCAAAUUCGGAGUAAUCUUUUUGGUGGUUUUUCUUGCCUUCAUGGUUGGAUUACACAACCUGUAUUGGUACUACCCAGAGGAGAUGAGAAAACACGUCAUCUUUAUGAAAAAUACAGUCAACAGUCACGACACGGCUGCUGGUAAAUACUUUGGCAUUCCACACAUUACAUUCCGCACGGUAUUCUGGUCUCUGUUUGGCCGAGGGGAGACAACAGCGGUUGAGCUUGGAGCGUACGGCCAUAUUUUUACACAAACAGUUGGUUAUUGGAUCUUUGGAGUCUACAACAUUGCAACAGUCAUAGUUCUCCUCAAUAUGCUUAUUGCUAUGAUGUCACAGUCGUUUGAGACUAUCCAGGGUGAAGCAGACACGGAGUGGAAAUUUGCUCGCAGUAAGCUGUAUAUGGAAUACAUAAAGGAUGAUGCGACUCUGCCUAUACCAUUCAACAUUGUACCAACACCAAAGUUUUUCUACAAUACGGCUAGAUUUUUCUGGAAAAUGUUGGUGAAGAAGGACGAUCAAGAUGAGCCCCAUCCAAUACAUCCCGGACGUGUCAAGGACAUUGAGAUGUUCAAUAUGAGUCCAGGAGCUACUAACUCGGCUGCCCCUGAGGCGAAGCCGCCAGAGAGACGCGGUCCAGUUUGGUCACAAAACAGUCGCGCAGCAAACCAAACAAAGGGGAUUAAGGUUUUCCAGGAUCGAAUUCACACCACAAAUGGAUUUGUUCGCAAUGAUUCCGAUCCGAGCCUAUUUUCAGAGAAGCUAACAUACAAAAGGGUGAUGAAGAGGAUAGUAAAACGGUACAUCUUUGACGUUCAACGUGAAGAUGACACUGGGGAAUGUGACUUCGAUGAAUUAAAACAAGAUAUUUCAAGCUUCCGCUAUGAAAUGUUAAACCAUUUAUCACAGCGUCAACGUGAAGCGAAGGAGACGUUUGAAAGAGUAGAUGCCUUUGAAUACAAAAUGGAUACUCUUUUACAACAACAAGCAAUGUGGCUUAAAGCAAUUGCUAAAAGUGAUUCAGACUUUAAAUUAACCAAUUUGAUAGAUCCGAAGGGUAUAUCUAAGGCUACUACAGUUUCACAGGAAAGUGCUAUUUACGAUUGUAAUGAGGAAAAUAAUGAUGAUGUAGGGGAAAGUGAUCGGAAGUCGAAUAUUGGUGUGUUGCAUGAUAUUCCCGAAGAAGAAAAAGCGCCAGUGUCAACUGAACAUAGGUUGCAAAGACAACGAGCAGACUGUGAUACAGAAGAAUGUGAAACAGCUGAUAUCACCGUAGAAGUGAAUAUUGAUGGUGAAUGUGAUAUUGUGAACGAACGUUUAUGAAUUUUCUAGAGGUGAUUUAAUAUUACCUAACCGGAAGUGCCUGAUUAUCUUCGUUUUACCUCAUUACAAUCAAAAGAUGGAUGCAGUACUUUUGUUGGCAUUUCAUUUAUACUGAUAUUUCGUACACAGCCCGACAAGUAUAUUAUAAAAAGAAAAUAUACAUAUGUACUUUUCGAAAUGAAUGUUACAAUGAGAUGAACAUUCGUUUCCAAUGAAAAUGUGUGAUUUUGUAUUUGUCGCUUACUUUUUAAGUUCUACAAUGAAUGAAGGCGUCAAAUGCAGAUACGCUGUGAUAUUUGCCUGCAUACUUAUGUUUGAAAAAGCAAAGGUCACGAUGUG